GUUGUUGGGGAGAAACUGGCACGCUGUUGCUGUGACUGCGACUGCGGCAGAGGCAGAGACAGAGGCUGCUGUCGUCUCCCUCGGCUGCUGCCGUUGCUUCUGCUACUGCGGCUGCUGCUGCUGCUUUGGCUGUGACGUCACGACAAGGCCGUGGUCAACGGCCAACGGCAACAACAGAUACAGAGAUACAGACAGAUGCCGAGGCGCACUGGAGCAAGCGCUGCUUAUCACCAAGCAACAUCGAACAGCGAAUUGACGCGCAAUAAUAAUUAAUUCGACUAGAGGUAAAUUGGAAAUUAAUAAUGUGGCUGCUGCUGUGGCGCCUGCUGCUCUUUGCUGCCCUGGGCCACGCCCACUACACAACAAGCAGCGAUGUCGUCGUCUACCAUACGCUGCCCCACUUCUGGACGGGCGUCGGCUUCUGUCCCGCUGGCGACAUUAGUCACACAGGCAUUGCCACGGCCCUGACGUCGCCCGCUCUCCAAUUGAAUCUGCGACAGAUUGGCGCGUUGCCCUUUGGAGCCAUCACACACAUACGCAUCCAUUGGCUGCUCGAGCUGGUGCAGUUGCUCGAGUAUAGUACGGAUGGAGUGCCGCGCUAUGAUUACGAAAAGUUCGAUGCGUUUGUCGAUCUGCUGCAGGAGCUGCGACUGUCGCCGGUGCUGGAGUUCAUGGGCAAUCCCGGUCAGGUGUUUACGGCGAAUCCCGAACGCAACUGGUUUCUCUGGGAGCACUUCACCAAGAGUCUGAUCAACCAUCAACUGGCUCGUCAUGGUGCCGCUCGCUUGUCCAGCUGGCGCUACGAGACAUGGAACGAGCCGGAUUUGCUAAACUACAACCGCAUCAACUUCACCGCACAGUCCUAUCUGGAGUACGUGCAGGCCGUGCGUCGUGGCCUGAGCAAAGCUGGCGGCCGUCGCAAGUCCAAGCGUCAGCAGCAACUCUAUCGUGCACUGCGAGGUCCCGCGGGUCUCUUCAAGGCGGAGCAACGUCACCCGCUGUGCUGGCAACUGCUCGAGGUGUGCAACGAGCAGCUGGCCAAGUGUCCCAUCGAUAUCCUCACCUAUCAUCGCAAGGGGAUCGAUGGCAGUGCAACGGAAAUACUAAACGGUUCGCUGGCGUUGCUCGCCAAGAUCUAUCACGACUAUCCGCAGCUCCAGCAGCUGCCAGUGGCCAAUGACGAGGCGGAUCCCGUUUCGGGUUGGAGCACGCCCCGUGAUUUCCAGGCGGAUGUGCGCUAUGCGGCCACCCUGAUGUCCACCGUGAUGCAGCACUGGCACGCCAAGCUCGCUGGCGGCGUCAUGGAUCAACUGGAGUCCAUCAGCCAUGACAAUGCCUUCCUCAGCUAUCAUCCGCACGAGUUUCAGCAGCGCACACUUCUGGCGCACUUUCGCAUGAAUGAGACGCAACCGCCGCACUCGCAGUUCAUACAGAAGCCGGUGUAUGCCGCUCUAGGCAUGCUGGCCAAGCUGGGCAUACGCGCUGCGGACCUGGAGCUCGUCAACAUGGACAGCAAGCACAGUGUGCAGGUGCUGCGCAGCAUUUCCGGCAACGGCGUAGCCCAGUACAUGGCCACCAUCUUUCUCAGUCCCGAGCAGGCGGGACCACAACUGACGGCCUAUCAUCACAAGUAUACGCUGAACAUGUCGAUUGCCAACGAGUCGGCGUUCAUCACGGAGCUGCUGGUGCCGCACAGCACAGAUCCGUUCCGUGUGUGGCAACAGGCCGGGAGUCCAGCGUAUCCGAAUGCAACACUGCGGGAGCAGAUGCGUCGGGCGCAGACACCGCGACUGUAUGAGACGGGCCCCAUUUGGCAGUACAACAGCGAGUUGGUGGUGAACUCGGCCAGUCUGCCGUUGCCCUGGGUGAUGCUGUUGCGCGUUUGCUCGGCGGCGUGGCCCAAAUUGAAGCGACCCCAGCAGCUGGAGAUUGUGGCGAUCACUGGGCGUGAGGUCUUCAUCAGCUGGAGCGAACAGCCGCGCUCCACGCAGUGCCUGAAGAGCUACGAGGUUUGGUUUAGGGCUAGUGGCGACACAGCUGCCUCCGCUGACUGGCAGCAAAUCUCGCUCGGCUGGCAUCUGCCGUAUCCAUCGUUUCAGUAUGCUCCCGGUCUCAAUGGCAGCGUCAACGGUUUCUACAAGGUGCGCGGCGUAGAUGUUUUCAAUGAGCGCAGCGCCUUCUCGCAAAUUGUCGAAUAUCUCGAGUUGUAAUUUAACACACAAUUGAUGAGCACACAAAACAAGAAAUCAUAAGGUAAUAAUGGUUAUUAACAUAUCGCUCAUAUUAGAUGCAAAACAUAAUCAGGCUUUAAUUGGCCGCAAGGCGUCAUCGCUGCUGCCGCUGCUGCUUCUCCUCAUCCUCCUUCUCCUUCACUUGAACUGUCGUCGAUCUCUCUGUCUGGAAUGGAACUGAACUUGGGGCACAAAUCUUCAGAGAGGCAGCGAAGCAGCUCGAGGCGCCUUGCCAACAAUUCAAGUAUUCUCAUAUACAUAAAUAUUUAUAUAAAUAUACAUAUAGUACAUAACGCGUGUUUUAACUUUGUGUGUGUUGAGUGUAAUAGUUGAAGCAAA